GCGGGUACAGAGGUCACCCGCAUCGGCGCGUCCCCACGUGCGCGGCGAGCCGCUGGCGUCAGGAUGCGGAGAUGGGAGCUCGCGUGAGCCGCGCCGUGAGGAACUUCAACCUGGAGAACCGCGCGGAGCGGGAGAUCAGCAGGACGAAGCCCUCCAUGGCUCCCAAGCACCCGUCCACGCGCGGCCUCCUGCGCGAGCAGCUGAGUGAGCAUCCAGAAAUCCAAGAAGAAGUUUCUAGGAAAGAUAACAAACUGUUGUCAUUGCUAAAGGACGUGUACGUGGAGUCCAAAGAUCCGGUGUCUUCCUUGCCGGUAAAAGAUGUUGAAAUACGGCAAGAACGGAAGGAAUUCAGACUGCCGGUAGGACAUCACUUGGAUAAGAAUGUCAUGGACAUUCCCAAAGGCAAAAUUUCUGUUGUAGAAGCAUUGACACUUCUCAAUAAUCAUAAACUUUCUCCAGAAAUGUGGACUGCUGAGAAAAUUGCCCAAGAGUACCAUUUAGAACUGAAAGAUGUAAAUUCCAUUCUCAAAUAUUUUGUUACUUUUGAUGUCAAAAUCUUUCCUCCUGAAGACAAGAAAGCAAUACCAUCAAAAUGAAGACAAUCGUAACAACUUCCUGUGCGUGCUCCCAAGCUCUGUCCUGGUUUUUACUGUAUUAAAUUAUACAAGUCACUGUGAACUGAGUUCCUACUUUGAGUGGUCUUUGACCUCUUCGGGAUUGGUCAUAGAAUUCUUUUUUUUUUUUUUUAAUUUUAUGUAUGUGUAGUUCCUGCAUAUAUGUCAGCAUGCCUAAUCCCAUGUAUAAAUUUAUUACAUGUAUGAGAGGUAAUUUUAAAUUGAUCAUGUUAAGCUUCACUUUCCAGUUUAGGAUGGUUUGUUCUUUGUAGGAGAUGCCAAAAGCAGGAGCCCUCCUGACUCCAGUAAGACUGGCAUGUUGUUAGGGAGAGAGUCUCAGCAGUGAGACGUGGUGACUAUUUCCCAGUAACUGAGUACAAAAGUGGGAAACUAUAUGUUACCACUCUGAAGAAUAAAAAUCCAUAGGGAUUUUUUUUACUUUUUUUGAAUAUGAAAUUUUUAGAAGAAUUUGUGACAUUUGUAACAUGCUAGCAGUCUCUUUUGACAAAUAGAAAGAGGUAACUUCAAAAGCUUUUGGAAGAACUGGUAGUUCUUACAACUAUUUGAACAAAUAACUUCCUGUAAUAUGGAAAUAAGGAAAAUAUGUAAGGAACUGUUAAAAGCAUCUAAAUUUCAUGAUCAAGCAUUUAUACCUGUUUUUAUUCCAGAAGAGAAAGUAGCAAGCAGAAGUACAAAAUAAUAGUCCCUGAAGGGACCUGGGAAAUUACUGAUUUUUUUUUCACCCAUUUAAACUCCGGAGCACACUCCAAUAGUAGAGUCUCAGCUGAGGUAACAUGACGUGUUAUACCUGUGGGUUCUUGACUAUGUUGUUUGGCCUCUCUGUAAUUGAAUUUCUAUAAAGGUAUAAUGCUGUCUUGUAUAAAUUCCAGGAUGGUGGUGAAGAUAAAUGACAAGGGACCAAGCAAAUACAAAUUCUCGUAGUUAAAAUAGGUGACUAAAGAACAUACAACUGAAUUGUCUGUAGUUUGAUACAAGGAGGCCAGAAUUUAGGUUUCCAAAAUUCUACUAGUAUUUUUAUGCCAAAAAGAAACACGUUUCAAAAGGACAGAAUGGAGUAGAGGGAAUUGGGAGUGUCCAUAUCCUCUCAAGGGAAGACAGAUGUGGUGAUGGGAUUAGGCAGGUGUGACAGCAAAGGUGGGAAAUCAAUAGAAUUUGUAAGCUUUUUUUCAAAGCUGUACCAGUGAAUAAACUACCUAGUUUGUGGUUCAGUACAGAAGAACACGCUAAUCCUAAUCAGUGCAAAAUUGCAUUUGAAAGUGCAGUCAGUUAAAACCAUCCUCCAAUUCAAAAUGAAUGCUUUAAUCACUAAUACUGUUAUUUUUGACUCAUUUUUCCUGUCUGAUUAGGCAAAUAUAAAUAUGGUUUCUAUUAUAUGGAAUCACACAAUAAAAUACUUCCGUUUUA